UUGACAUUUAGCUCUUGCCUCCUCCAGACAACCUUGUUUUUUUUUUUUUAAACCAUCAACACUAGAAUACAUACAUCAAUUGUUUUUAAUUCCAUUUUAAACUAUAAAUAAAUUCAGAUUGAACUCAAUCUAAAGAAUCAAUUAAAACUCCAUUCAAGUUCCCUGCCAUUGAUCUAAAUAAAAAGCUGAAUUUAAACAUUUAUCUCGCUGGAACAUGACAACCUAUGUGACAGAUGGGGAAGGAAAAUUUAUUCCUGCUACUCAGAGGCCAGAUGGCACAUGGCGCAAAGCGAGGCGCGUCAAAGAAGGUUACGUUCCCCAAGAAGAGGUGCCGCUCUAUGAGAGCAAAGGCAAGCAGUUUGCCAAUCGAAAGUCUGACCGUCCUGUUGGAAUGCCCGCUCCAGCUCCAGUGCCCAGUAAGAAGGAAAAAGCGAAGAAGAAGAAAGCCGGGCUUCCUCCGGGCGUGAUUGUUUUGCCAAAGAACUCUGCCAAUGCCAAUUCGGCACCAAAUCCCAAGGAAAAUAAGAAAUCAUCCGCAUCUGUAAGUACAAAUUCAGCACCAACAGCGGUGGGAACAGUUCCUUCAGUUGACACACCCGCCUCUGCGACAGUCGAGUCCAUCACCAAAGAUCUCAACAACGUUGAACUGGACGACCUGCAGCUGGAACUCAGCAAAAAAAUCAAGAAACUAAAGAAAAAAAUCCGUGAAAUCGAAGCCAUCGAAGCCAAAUUGAAGGCAGGCGAACUUAAAAAGCCCGAAAAGGACCAAAUGGACAAGGUCAAAAGAAAAAAACAGUACCUCAAGGAGCUGGAGGAGUUGGGUGAGCAACCCGGUGCGACAGAGUAAACUGUCAAUCUGUUGCCGAAAAUCCCUGCUCACCAGCAAUCAUUCACUCAAUGCACGGUUCUGCGUCUCUAACCAACAAUUGUCCAUGCCAUACCAAGGUUGGAUCUUCAUACCACCUUACAGUUGAGCCUGUUUUUUCUUCGAAUUCUGCAUCUUUUUAUAUUUGUUGUACAUGUAAAUUAGUUCCAUUAUUUUUUUUCUAAACACAAGGAUUGAUUGAUCUCUCCUCUUGAAUCGCAGCUAUACAAACAUAGCUGUAAACCAGUCAAUUUUAAAAAUUUGUUGUUUUCAUUUCUUGCCAAGUUUGUCAAGUCUUCCCAGAGAGUUGGUCACUAGCUGUGAUUGGUUGUAGUUUCUAAGAGCAAGACGACCAACGACGCGACGACGACGUGACAACGAAAAAAAUGUGCAUUUCACAUUUGUGGGUUACCGAAAACAACGCGUUGUAAAUUUUAAAACUUUUUAUUUUUUUUUAAAUUAGUUGCAUAAGUUUAAUAGUUGAACCAUUUUUUACUAUUCCAAGAUUAUUGUUUUAUUUUACAAAUAUAUACAUAUUUUUUUUAAAUAAAAGAAUAAUUAAACCUUAAGAAUAAUUAUAAAUAUACGAUCAAUGGUAGUGAUUCAAUCAAAGAUUAAAAAAGAUAAAAUAUUUUAAGUAAAAAACAUAAAAACAAACAAAAAUAAACAGAAAAUAAGAAAAAACAACAGAAGCGAUAUUUUUAUGUAGGGAGAAAUUUUGUAGAAUUUUAAGUAAAAACAAAGAAAAAAGAAACAUUAAAAAACAAAACAAAAGAAAUUAAUGUUAGUAAUAAAAAUAUUAAAUUGUGUGUAAUACUGUUCGUAAUUUAUGGAUUUUUUUAUAAUUAUGAUUUGCUUGUGUUGAUGGAUUUAUUUUCAAAUCAAUGAGGCACAUUUAAGGUAUGCUUACAAGGAAAUU